GUAGAGCCCUCACUUCCGGGGCGUGACCCCGCGGGUACGGGACAGACGGAGGGCCCUUUGAGAGGGGCUUCCCCGGUUUGAUUUCAACUUGGCAGCGACCAGGAACUGCGGCGGGGAGCGUGCCCCGUUCCUGGGCUGCGCCAGUACUGUGGAUCAAACACCGGGCCUCGCACAUGCUAAGCUGUCACACACACAGAGUUACGUUCCCAGUCUAUGCAGAGAAAUAGUCAAAGUUUUUAGCCUUCCAGCAUUGGAAAUAAGGAUUCAGAACUGAAGCUCAUGGGAGGAAUUGGUCAGAGACUAGGGAUAUAGCUCAGUAGCAGAAUGUGCAGCAAGGUCCUGGCUUCUGCCAGCAGCAGCCAAAAGAGAAAGACGGAGAGUGGCCAGUUUCUCCUUGCUGUUUAGAAGCUUACGUAUGAGCAUGAGUCUUCUAAUGAUUGUUGAGAAUGUAAAAUUGGCUCGUGAAUAUGCACUGCUGGGAAACUAUGACUCUGCAAUGGUCUACUAUCAGGGAGUUCUUGACCAAAUGAACAAGUACCUGUACUCAGUCAAAGAUACACACCUUCGUCAGAAAUGGCAGCAGGUUUGGCAGGAAAUAAAUGUGGAAGCUAAGCAUGUGAAGGACAUCAUGAAAACACUGGAGAGCUUUAAGCUGGACAGCACUUCUUUGCAAGCUGCACAGCAUGAACUUCCAGCUUCUGAAGGGGAAGUCUGGUCCCUGCCUGUGCCUGUUGAGAGAAGACCCUCACCAGGACCCAGGAAGCGCCAGUCUUCUCAGCACGGUGACCCUAAGCCGCACAGUAACCGGCCAGGCACAGCCGUCAGAGCUCAUCGGCCAUCUGCACAGAAUCUUCACAGUGACAGAGGGAAGGCUGUCCGCAGUCGUGAAAAGAAAGAGCAGAAUAAGGGAAGAGAGGAAAAGAACAAAUUACCUGCUGCAGUUACAGAACCAGAGGCAAAUAAGUUUGAUAGCACGGGGUAUGACAAGGACCUUGUAGAAGCUUUGGAAAGAGAUAUAAUUUCUCAGAAUCCCAAUGUCCGGUGGUAUGAUAUUGCUGAUUUAGUAGAAGCCAAAAAGUUGCUUCAGGAAGCAGUGGUGUUACCAAUGUGGAUGCCAGAAUUCUUUAAGGGCAUUAGGAGACCGUGGAAAGGUGUGCUGAUGGUUGGCCCACCUGGCACUGGAAAGACCCUUCUUGCUAAAGCAGUUGCCACAGAAUGCAAGACAACAUUCUUCAAUGUCUCUUCCUCAACUCUGACUUCCAAAUACAGAGGAGAGUCUGAGAAGCUUGUCCGUCUUCUGUUUGAAAUGGCUAGGUUUUACUCCCCAGCUACCAUCUUCAUUGACGAGAUAGACUCCAUUUGCAGCCGCCGAGGGACUUCUGAGGAGCAUGAAGCAAGCCGGAGGAUGAAGGCCGAGUUGCUGGUUCAAAUGGAUGGUGUUGGCGGUGCCUCAGAAAACGAUGACCCUUCCAAAAUGGUUAUGGUUCUGGCGGCCACUAACUUCCCAUGGGACAUAGACGAGGCUUUACGACGGCGUCUGGAGAAAAGAAUCUAUAUCCCAUUACCCUCAGCAAAAGGCAGGGAAGAACUGUUAAAAAUAAGUCUACGAGAACUGGAAUUGGCUGAUGAUGUUAACCUUGCGAGCAUAGCAGAAAACAUGGAAGGCUACUCGGGUGCAGACAUUACCAAUGUAUGCAGGGACGCAUCCUUGAUGGCCAUGAGACGACGUAUUGAGGGUCUAACCCCAGAAGAAAUCCGGAACCUUUCAAGAGAAGAAAUGCAUAUGCCUACCACCAUGGAGGAUUUUGAAAUGGCUUUAAAGAAGAUUUCUAAAUCAGUAUCAGCUGCAGACAUUGAAAGAUACGAGAAAUGGAUAGCUGAGUUCGGAUCGUGCUAGCUGUGUUCUUACAUGUAAACUGUGAGAAAUCUGCCUUAAGUCUUUGAAAAAUAAUUAAAUGUAGAUUUUCGGUGCA